AUGGCGGCGCCCACCUUCCCCACGCCGCUGCACGGGCAUGUGGGCCGUGGCGCUUUCCGCGACGUGUACGAGCCCGCGGAGGAUACGUUCUUGCUGCUGGACGCGCUAGAGGCGGCGGCGCCUGAGCUCCGCGGGGUGGAAAUAUGCCUUGAAGUAGGGUCAGGGUCUGGAGUGGUAUCAGCUUUCCUAGCCUCUCUUAUUGGUCCUCAAGCUUUGUACAUGUGCACUGAUACUAACCCUGAGGCUGCAGCCUGUACCCUGGAGACAGCACGCUGCAAUCAAGUUCACCUUCAGCCCAUAAUCACAGAUUUGGUCAAAGGCUUGCUACCAAGAUUAAAAGAAAAAGUUGAUCUUCUGGUCUUUAAUCCUCCCUAUGUAGUGACUCCACCUGAAGAGGUAAGAAGUCAAGGAAUUGAGGCUGCUUGGGCUGGAGGCAAAGAUGGUCGAGAAGUUAUGAACAGACUCUUUCCCCUGGUUCCAGAUCUCCUUUCCCCAAGAGGCCUUUUCUACUUAGUUACCAUCAGAGAGAACAACCCAGAAGAGAUUUUGAAAGCAAUGAAGAACAAAGGUCUCCAGGGGGCCACUGCACUUUCCAGGCAAGCAGGUAGAGAGAUGCUUUCGGUCCUGAAAUUCACGAAGUCCUGAUGUAAAGUGUAUGUCCUUGAUUGUAUUUUAUAUAUGUAUAUCAGAUAAUUUAUUCAAUUGAAUGUGUAUGCAAAUAUGUUGAUAAGCUUAUAGUUAAUAUAUCUGUU